CAGACCGCUUCCUUCGCAUACGUACUCACUUCACUUGCCACAUUUUGCGAGUAAAAUCUUCCAGUUAACUUUUUUUUUCUUCUCUCUCUCCAUCUCCAUCCCGCCAUAACACAUGGGUUUGUGGAUUUAAUGCGGCAAAGUGUCAUGUUCGGAUUAUUUCUGGGGUUCCCUUAUAAUUGCCCGACAUGGAUGAAAGCGUUAAGGAGGCGCUGUCUAUUGUGAGUGAAGACCAGUCCCUGUUCGAGCCCCCAUACGCAGCUGCCGCCCCCCUGUCUAAGCCGGACAUGACAGCAUCGGGAUCCCAAGACUAUGGCACCGCCCCCGACAUUCACCCUCUGCCCCCCCAGCAUGAGUGGCUCAGCCCGGCCCGGCACAUCAGCGUCAAGCGGGAAUACGAGCAUAUCAAUGGUGGCUCCAGUGACUCCACGGCGCCGCCCUGCCUGCUGAAGAGCACCAAGCAGCCCAGUGGCACCGACAGCACUCGCACCGGCUACGGCUGCUAUGCUGAUGAGAAGAGUGGCCUGCUGGAGAGCUCAGGCGUCGCCGAGAGGAGGGUCAUUGUCCCGGCAGACCCCGCCCUGUGGACCCCGGAGCACGUGCGGCAGUGGCUGGACUGGGCGGUCAAGGAAUACGGGCUGCUGGAGGUGGAGACCACGGCAUUUCAGGGCACCGACGGCAAGGCUCUCUGCAGGAUGGCCAAGGACGACUUCCUGCGGCUCACGUCCGUGUACAGCGCUGACGUCCUAAUGUCCCACCUGCAGUACCUCAGGGAGAGUAACUCUUCGCUGUCCUACAAUGUCCCGUCUCACAUGAACCAGCCCCACACACGGCCGGUGGCUAAGGAAGACACCCCCUAUGAAGUUCCAGGGCAGGCAGCUUGGACGGGGGCCAUGCAUGUUGGGAAAGGCUCGCCGCCAGGAGUCACACAGAGUGUCUCCAAGACGACGGAGCAGCCGGGGGCCCAGCCAGAUCCUUACCAGAUCCUGGGUCCAACCAGCAGCCGACUGGCCAACCCAGGAUCUGGCCAGAUACAGCUGUGGCAGUUCCUCCUGGAGCUGCUGUCGGACAGCGCCAACGCGGCGUGCAUCACCUGGGAGGGAACCAGCGGCGAGUUCAAGAUGACGGACCCGGACGAGGUGGCGCGGCGCUGGGGCGAGAGGAAGAGCAAGCCCAACAUGAACUACGACAAGCUGAGCCGCGCGCUGCGCUACUACUACGACAAGAGCAUCAUGACCAAGGUGCACGGCAAACGCUACGCCUACCGCUUCGACUUCCACGGCAUCGCCCAGGCGCUGCAGCCGCACCCCGCCGAGCCCCCUGCCUACAAGUACCCCCCCGAGCUGGGCUACGCCCCACCCUACCCCCCACCUCAACAGAAAAUGGCCUUUGCCCCCCCACACCCCUCCCCAGUGCCUGUCACCUCCUCAAACUUCUUUGGGCCGGCCCCCCCUUACUGGAACUCGCCUGGGGGGGGCAUGUACCCGGGCCCAGGCGUCCCUCGACACCCUAACGCUCAUGUGCCCUCACAUCUGGGCAGUUAUUACUAAAACACACACACACACACACAUUCCUGUUAUGGUGUUUGUCCUCUCAGUUUUCCUGAAGCAGACCCUUCCCCCAAACCGGCAAGAUGAAAUUCUUCUGACAUUCUUCAUGAGGAAAUAUUUCUUCUGUUUUUGCCAAAGGAUACAAAAAAAAAAAAGAAAAUACUCAAUUUCAGCUUCAGUGCCAAAUGGAUUAUAACUUUCAUGAAGGUGAGGCUCUGUAUUCCCAAUAACACAGCAUUCAAGUCGUCAUGGAUACAGCUGGGAUAGAGACCUUCCGCCUUUGGGUUUAAAUGGGCCCCAGAUCUCCACUCUCAGUCCCUCCCUGUGCCUCGGGAAUCUUGCAGGAUCAUGGUGGAGCCUGGAGAUCUGUCACCUGGAAGGAGCAGACCACAGACAGAUUCCAUUCUCUAGGUGUGAAGAGUAAAAUUCUGGAACUCUCAUCAGCCUCAGAGUCCUGUAUUUUGGCCAGUCAUUGUAGUAGGAUCUGGUCAGAUCACUGCUGAGCACAUCACAUUCUUAGAUUUUGUGCGGAUUCAUAAGAGAUCCAUGUCAUGGGGAUGUUCUCAGCAUCCGAGCACACCUAGAGAACUUCAGAAGACCACCACUUUUUUUUCUUAAUCUAUCCCCAUCUCUGUCUCUCUCUCUCUCUGUCUCUCUCUUUGUGUAUCUGUCUCUCUGUGUGUCUGUCUCUCUCUCUUUCUCUGUCUGCCUCUCUGUGUCUCUCUCUGUAUCUGUCUCUCUCUUUGUGAAUGUCUAUGUGUCUGUCUAUCUGUCUCUCUCUGCAUGUCUCUCUCUUUGUGUAUCUGUCUCUCUAUGUGUCUCUCUGUCUCUCUCUCUGUCUGUCUCUCUGUGUCUCUGUAUCAGUCUCUCUCUUUGUAUAUGUCUAUCUGUGUGUCUUUCUGUCUCUCUCUGCAUGUCUCUCUCUUUGUGUAUCUGUCUCUCUAUGUGUCUGUCUCUCUCUCUGUCUGUCUCUCUCUCUGUCUGUCUCUCUGUGUCUCUCUCUGUAUCUGUCUCUCUCUAUGUCUCUCUCUCUUUGUAUAUGUCUAUCUGUGUGUCUAUCUGUCUCUCUCUGUAUCUGUCUCUCUCUUUGUGUAUCUGUCUCUCUGUCUGUCUCUCUCUCUGCUGUCUGGUUUGCCCCAUGUGAAGCUUUGUUCGCCAUCUCCUCUUUUCAAACCUGUGGAAUGCCAGGGUGCUCUUGACCAUAUUCAGCAAGCCUACCCACAUCGCCACCUCCCUUUUCCAUUGUUAGUUUUGUAAAGAAACGAUCAAUGAAUCACCAGGGCUGGAACAAGCGAAGGCCUAUCAAGAUAAAAGCAGACAUGACGAGACCAGCAACGGCUGGGAGGCUUCCCUGAUCGAUUCACGAAUGCUGUGCAUUCGCCAGACCUGCCUCUUCAGUCUCAGACAUUAGCUAGUUGUUCAACCAGCUACAUAAGUUAUGCAGAGCUAUUUUCAUAUUUGACGCAGUAUUAAAAGGUCAGGAGAAUGAAUGCGAGUUGACCUCGCCCGUAAAUGCAGUUAUUUUGCAGUCGUCUUUGAGGUAUAUUUGCACAUCUCUAUUUUGUUUCAAAUUUGUACAUUUGAGCCGUACCGUAAAUACAGGUAACUACUAAAUACAGGUCAUUCCCAGUGCCUUACUAUAACAGAUACAACUUACUAAAUAAACCCACCCAGCACAAAAAAACACCUGGACUCUUUGUCCCGGUCACCAGUCAGCCAAAUUCACCAUCCAGAGCAAAAGUCACACUUAGUUAAACGUGCCUGAAUUCAGUUGAACAUCCAGCACAUUCCAGGCCAUUCCAGUUCAGAUGACACUAAUGAGCUUCUGGCCCCAUUUGCCUAAAGGCAAACCUAAGCAGGUAGUGUUAUUUUACAUAUGCAAUGUACUUUGAAUAUGAUAUAUUUGUAAAUAAUGUCAUUAUUCAUGUUCAUGUGAUAAAUUUUUUUGUAAAAGAGUUCUUAUACGGAAGAAAUAAGAAAAUAAAUGUUUUUAUAUUGUUUA